AUGAAAUUGUACCCGAAUUCGACUGGUUUGCAGCAUGUGGCAUUUCUUCUGGCCGACCUAUUUGAUUUCCUCAUCCCGGAUGUGCCAAGUAGCCUUGCUGAACGGAUUCAACGUGAACGAUUCCUGGCCAAGCAGGCAUUGCUCGAUGUGCAUCUGGAUCAUUACUCCUCCAUUGAUCAUGCUGAUGAUGACGUCCAGGAGGAUGGCUGA